GCCAUUACUGCCCCCUUCAAUCCUGUUCCAGAACAGACAAACAUGGAUUCCGAUGCAGGCUUCGACCAGAUUCCCAAGAGCAUCGCCUCUCACUCCUCAGGCACUGAUCCAAAGACAGAAAUCGAAACACCCAUGUUUGAAAUCAAGCAACUCCCAGGGAAAGGGAAAGGCUUGGUUGCUCGUGUUGACAUAUCCGAAGGCACUCGCAUUCUCUGUGAGAAGCCGCUCCUCGCCGUUCAUGGAUCCAUUCCGCCGGAGGAACUGGAACUGGUCUUGGCUGCAAAGCUCAAAACCAUGACCAAGGCCCAGCAAAGACAAUUCUUCUCGCUUCACAACAACUUUCCAGGAAAGAAUGUUCUGCGCGCAAUAGUUAAGACAAAUGGCCUCCCCUGCGGGCCAGGUUCAAACGAGGGUGGAGUGUACCCUACCAUCUGCCUCAUCAACCACAGUUGCCUCCCGAAUUCCCACAACAAUUGGAACAGUCAGGCCGAGCAUGAGACGAUCCAUGCUAUUCGUCCGAUCAGGGCUGGAGAGGAAAUCACUAUCCCAUACGAUCACGGAGGCCCAUCCGCCGCCCGACAGGCGUUCCUGAAGCAAGCGUUCGGCUUCGACUGCCAGUGCGCCAUCUGCACGCUCCCGCCCGACCAGCUCCGAGAAAGCGACACCCGCCGCCUCGCGAUGCAGGACCUCGACGAAGCUAUCGGUGACCCGAUGCGUAUGGCAACCAAGCCGGCCGAGAGUCUUCGGGACUGUCAGACAAUGCUCCGUACCCUGGACAAGGAGUUCGCCGGCCACACUGGAGCCCAUAGCUGCCGGUUGUACUACGACGCCUUUCAGAUCUGUGUCUCACAUGGGGACCAGGCUCGCGCGGGUGUCUUUGCGGAGAAGGCGUACCAGGCCAGGGUCUGUGUCGAGGGCGAGGACAGCCCUGAGACCCAGAGGAUGAAGUCAUUUUCAAGGAAGCCGUCUCUUCACGAGAACCACGCAAAAGCCUCGACGGAUUGGAAGACAAAGAAGAGCAUGGUUCCCAGGGGUCUUGAUGAGGCACAGUUCGAGGUAUGGUUGUUCAGAGACCGGCGUUAGAGCUGCGAGG